GUGCUUUUGGCCAGGAGCCUGUUGACAAAAAAUUGACAUUCUAAAUGCAGCGCAAAUCACUUUGGGGAUCAUACAAGUCUAUUCCACCGAGAUCUCGCAUGUUCAUUGGGCUCGCUGGAAUGGCCUUCGCAGCUAUCGGGAUCGUGGUCUCUGACAAAAUUGAAGAGAGAUUUCCCGUCGAACAGCGCACUGAAAGCGUGCCUAUUGUCAUCGAUCGUUCAUAAUCACUUCACUGCGCUCUGGGAUGAACAAAAUGGCCUCGGUUGACACACAAUUAAAUCACUGUACUGUAUAUUAAUAAAAAAAAUUGCUCUUAUCGUUUGCAC